CUGUUUCGGAUACAAAGAUUUGGGGGUAAAACUUUAUUCCGAACGGAAAAAAAACGCGGAUAUGUGUGUGUGAGUGUGUGUGAGCCAAAUGCUCUCUCAUGUGCUUGGACGUCAUCUGCGUCCCUCCCUCUCCGUUAUCCCCUCACUCCUCCCUCUCUGUCUGCGCCUCUCAGUCCGCUCUCCUGCCGGCCCGACCCGAUCCUCUGUCCGGCCACAAAGACCCCGCCGACUCCCGGGACACACGAGGGGGAAUUAGCUGGGACACGACGAGGGAGGGGGGAAAAAACUACCUGAACACUGCUGGGAGAAAAGCCACCGAUAUCGCAUUGCAGCAUCACACAAAUUCUCCCCCAUCUGUAGCUCCCCUUUCCUUCCCUUUUCUCGCACAUUGUUCUCCAUGGAAACAUGUAAAAAUCAGUAAGCUGCGCCCUUCUGAGCACAACCAGCGGGCUGGGCACACUCAACGGGACCGUUAGCUUUUUUUUUUUUUUCCAGCGAGCUACGCGGGACCAGGAGAAAAAAACAAAAGACAACUGCAAAUUUUUGGUGGAAAGAAGAUUUUUUCUUCUUCUUCACGGCGCGAGAAAGACACCAAAGAUGUUGUCGGAGCUCAGUGAGUGGUUCUGGCAGGAGCGGCGGUGGUUUCCGGAGGGCCUGGGCUGGGCUGACCUGGAGGAUCGGGAUGGACGAGUAUACGCCAAGGCCCGCGACUUGUGGGUGGCUCUGCCCAUCGCCCUCAUAUUCCUCAUUAUCCGUCAGAUCUUUGAAAGGAUGGUGGCCACGCCUCUGGCCUCGCUGCUCGGGGUUAAAGACACGGUGCGGCUCAAGGCCCCACACAACACCACACUGGAGUCCUACUACUGUAAGAUUAACAAAAACCCCACACAGUCUUCAGUAGCAAGUCUUUGCCAGAAGACUGGCUACUCAGAAAGACAAGUGCAGCGAUGGUUCAGGAGACGAAGGAACCAGGACAGACCGAGUCUGCUCAAAAAGUUUCGCGAGGCCAGUUGGAGAUUUACCUUUUACCUUCUUGCUUUCAUUGCUGGCCUGGCCGCCCUCAUCGAUAAACCUUGGCUGUAUGACCUGAAGGAGAUGUGGCAAGGCUUUCCUGUGCUGACUCUCUUGCCAUCCCAAUAUUGGUACUAUAUGAUUGAACUGGGUUUCUAUGGAUCUCUACUCUUCAGCGUUGCCUCUGAUGUCAAACGCAAAGACUUCAAGGAGCAGAUAGUUCACCAUGUAGCAACAAUCCUCCUCAUCAGCUUCUCCUGGUGCGUUAACUACAUCCGCUGUGGAACUCUCAUCAUGCUGGUGCACGACUCCUCCGAUUACCUCCUCGAGUCUGCAAAGAUGUUCAACUAUGCUGGGUGGAGAAAUGCCUGUAACUACAUUUUCAUUGUAUUUGCUGCAGUCUUCAUUGUCACCCGCCUUGUUAUCUUCCCCUUCUGGAUUAUUUACUGCACGUGGGUGUAUCCAGUGACUAUCUAUAAGCCGUUCUUCGGCUACUACUUUUUCAACGGACUGCUGAUGACUCUGCAGUGUCUACAUAUCUUCUGGGCCGUUCUCAUUAUACGCAUAGCAAUCCGAUUCCUCACCAACAAUGAAAAAGUGGAUGAUGAAAGAAGCGACAAAGAUGAAACGGACGAAUCAGAAGAGGAGGAGGAAGAGGAGGCAGGAGAGAAAAAGCAUAUGAAGAAAAAUGGCCCGGUGCAGAAUGGUCACACAGUCCACAACAACAACCACAGCAAGAGGGAGUGAAAUAAAAGUCACAGCAUGGAAAAACGUGAGAAGGACUUAUAUCCCUCAGUAGAGGAGCAGGAGGGAGGGACGAAACAGGUUGUGGGCGAGGGAGGGACCAGUGAUUCCCUAAAACCCAGAACAGCGGGUAUCUGAGGAAAUUUGGCACUGUUACUUUUACACAAGACACAUUCAUGUUUUUUUAGAGGGCACAGAGAUCCAGCAGAUGACAUACACUACAUUAAGUGGCACGGCUCUUCGCUUUGUCAUCAGAGGAAAAAAAUGUAUCACUGCCUUUUGUUUGAUGUUAGUCCCAAACGUUUUCAAUGAGACAGGGAAGAAAAAAUGGAGAAGAGCAAAGUUUGGAGAAGACAGAUGAGGGGGCGGAGGAGGUGAUGCUGCUUCUACUUUAGCUUUCAUGUUCUGACUGUGUGCCUUAGAGCCAGCUGACGGCUGCGAAAAAGCCAUUUUAAAGCCUUCUGCUUUGAAAUUGAGUUGCUUUAUUCUUUGUUUGCUUUUUACUAACAGAACAAAACAACUGAAAGUGGGUUAUGUGAAGGUGACACAAUAGGGCAUUUAUUUCCCUAGGUUUCUGUCUAUGCAACUAUCUGUUCAGCUAUUGCAAUGUCUUUGCACAAAAGUACAGAGUCUCUCAUAUAAAGUAAUAACCUGCAGUAGGACUGCGCUCCUCUGCUCUCCGGUGUGGUUUGUGCCAUUUGUAAAGUGUUCUGGUUUGAGUUUAGUAAUCAGCAAGAUUUUUUUUUAAAGGGAGACCUAUCAUGCCUGUCCAUAUUUUCUGUCAUAAACUUUUAAUAAUGGAUGUUCACAUUAAACAUGGCCAAAGUUUCAGAUAAUGAGGUCUGUGCAUGUGCAGGCAUUCCCUGUGAGCCAAAAGCUCAGACCUUAUGUUACUCUAAAUGCUCUAUUUCAGGUAGUUUUUUCUACCCCUGGAUCUGUGUGAUGUCACAAAGAGAGGCUAUCCCUAAUAUGGUAAUCUUGGGCACACAGCUCUACCCACUUAGUGUUAAAAUCUUUUGUUUACAAGAGGCAGCCAAUCAUAGCUGGCUCAUACCUGAUUUAUGGCACUGUGUUAAAAGUUAGCACAAGGAUAAAACAUUAGUUGAACAGCAUCUAAUAGGCCUUAAUUGUAUCUAGCUUGCCACUUAUACUAUUAUAAAUAUCUAGUAUUGUGCCAGAUUUAUUAGCUCAGUUUUACUCAUGUUGACAGUGACAGUGCCCGAGUAUGAACGCAAGCAUCACCCGCUGCAGUGGAGAUUCAGCGCAGUACUAUAAACCAUGCUUCAAAGGGACCUGGCAGGGAGCUAAAACCGCUUCUUUCAAGAUAACCCAUGAUUAUUCUGAACUGUGAAUCAUGCAAAGCUCCUCUAGCAGAGUCCCAAGAAUAAAAAUAUGGUGCUGGAAACAAGCAUAAUAUGUCCCCUUUUAACUUCUGUUCAUUCCUAAUCCAGCAAGGCUCACUUUGUACAAUUCCUGCUUCCAGUAGAGACAUCUCCAGAGUUCAACAGUUCUUUGACGUUUAGGCCGUAAAAGAGCCAGAAACUAAUAUAAACUCCAAUAGAAAACUUGAACUUCCUGCUGAAUAACUUUUUCCUCUCUUCUUCAGCUCAAGCAGUUUUGCAUUGACGAUGCCACCCACUGAAGAGCGAUGACUCAAUGUAGUCACUGCGAAUGGGCGUUGCUCUGUUGAAAUGCUGUAGUUUCGUUAAGUACAGUGGAGCAGGACGGUUUCGCAAUUUCAGAUUUGCCGAGUUCACUGCCCAAUAGUCUGGGUUCUGAUUGUUAACCCGGCUGCAAAUUUAAAGUGUUGAUCUGAGUAAAUUUUUUAAGUAUCAUUCUGGGUAUUAAAUGUGUUUACAGGUAUGUUCUUUGAAGCUUUUAUUUUGUUUUUAGAUGGAAUCAUGAAAUGAGUGUUACAGAGUUUUGUUGCUCUAAAGCUUUGUAUGUCAAGUGCCUUAUCUGUAAUGUAUGGGAAGCUCUCCUUGUCUCCAUGCCCUCUCCUUUUCUUUCCUGUUUCCACCUCACAUCAUAGAUCCAACCCUAAGACUGCUACAUGCUCUCACAUCUUCUCUUCUUUAUAAAAUGCCUUCCUUUUAAACACCCUCAUUCCACUACCAUGUUCUUUUUAACUAACCCCCAACCAACCA